AUAAAUUAUUGUUGUUAAUAAUGGAAAGGCAUCGGUAGUAGUCUGUGUAAAUUGUAUUACUAAUAUUGCAUAUAUGAUAUAUCUAGCAUCCUAUAGGUAGAGACCCAGAGAGAGAGAGAAGCAGAGAGAGAGAGAGAGAGUAUUGAAUUUGGCAAGAGCAGCGAGGCCUUUUCCAUUGCUGUGUUCUCUUUUUGGGGGGUUUCGAAAGAAAGAGAAAACACUGAAACAGAGCAAUUGAUGCAAAUAAGAAGAAGCAGAAGCAGAGGCAGAGUUUAAAUAAGGGAAAUGGAAACAUGGGAAAGUCCAAGAUGAGAGGGUGUCUGCUUCUUCCAAAUCCUAAUCCACUCUUUUUGUCUUUUUAAAGCAACAUCUCUUCUUCUCCAUUUCAUGCUUUGUUCUGCUGCCAUUUCAUUUUCAUCAUCUCCUAAAUUACCAAAUCCAAAUCAAACCCCUUUUUCUCCACUGAUUCAAAAAGCUUGAGAGACUAAAAAAAUGGUGACUGGGUGGCGAAGGGCCUUCUGCACAUCAAUCCCAAAAGACAGAGACACCAAAGUGAUUAUAGAAAAGCAGCAGCAGCAGCAGCAACAACAGCAACAACAACAUUGCAACAACAGCAGCAAUCAACAGAGCCCCAAAAUCAGCUCCAAAUUUGGGUUCUUCUCUAACCCAUCAACGCCUCGGUUGCAAUCUCAAUCUCAACCAGUCUCCUCAAGCCCCGGCCUCCGCUGUCGAACCACCGCCCCCUCCACCACCAUCACCACCACAAACACACCUACUUCCUCACUACCCAACAGCCCAAAACUCCAAUGCAACAUCUCAGCCACCACAAACCAUAAGAAAAUCAGCAGCUACAGCCCAAGACUACUUUUCCAGUUCCAACGCUCAAACCCAUCAUCACCAAAAUCACCGUCCAGCUUCUCCCUCCUCAAGUCCACCUUACGCCUCUCCAAAAGUAGAUGUGGAAUCUGCUUACAGAGUGUGAAAAGUGGUCAAGGCACAGCCAUUUUCACAGCUGAGUGCUCGCAUUCCUUUCAUUUUGGCUGCAUAGCCACUCAUGUCAAGAAGAACCAGCUCCUCCUGUGUCCUGUCUGCAACACCACCUGGAAGGAGCUGCCUCUAAUCUCUGUCCAUAAUAAUACCAAUAAUAAGCAACAAACCCAACACCAGGUGCCAAUAUCAUCACCCAAGAAGCCCAGAGAUGUCAAGACCAAGCCUUUGAGGGUUUACAACGACGACGAGCCCCUCUCGUCCCCAACUUCCGGUUCUCGCUUCAACCCAAUCCCUGAAGAAAACGACGACGAAAACGACGCCGUCGAGUUCCAAGGCUUCUUCGUCAACGCGAGUUCCAAACCUCCCUCCACUCGGAGUUCAACUGACCGGAAUGUGAAGAACGUGGAGGUCAGUCUGUUGCCAGAAUCGGCAGUUGUGGCCGUCGGGAGGAGCUACGAGACGUACGCGGUGGUUCUCAAAAUCAAAGCUCCGCAACCUAUUGGAUCCGAAACGGCGUCGUUGCAGCGCCGAGCUCCCAUCGACUUGGUGACGGUGGUGGACGUGAGCGCGAGCGCGAGCAACGCGAAGAUUCAGAUGAUGAAACGCGCUAUGCGACUCAUCGUUUCGUCGCUCCGUGAUACCGACCGUCUCUCCAUCGUCGCCUUCUCUUCAACCUCGAAGCGGCUGUUGCCGCUCCGGCGAAUGACCUCCGCCGGCCGACGGGCUGCGCGUCGGAUCGUAGACGCGCUCUGUGGCGUCGGCAAUGGAAUGUGUGUGAACGACGCCCUUAAGAAAGCCGCGAAGGUGCUCCAGGAUCGCCGCGAGCGAAAUGCCGUCGCGAGCAUCAUGCUCCUAUCGGAGGGCUCUCAGGACUCCAAUCAGAAGCGCUCGUCUUCCCCCGUCGUGUCUUCUACGCGCUUCCCUCACCUCGACAUCCCCGUCCACACUGUCGGCCUCGGCGACGGCGGUGAUGACCCGCUGGCGAAAUGCUUAGGGGGCUUGCUGAGCGUCGUCGUUCAGGAUCUCAGUCUCCAACUCGGCGUCGUUUCGGGUUCCGCUCCGGCGGAGAUCGCCGCCGUUUAUUCUCUCACGGGUCGCCCGGCGGCACUCGGAUCCGGGUCGAUCCGACUUGGAGACCUGUACGCCGGAGAGGAGAGAGAGUUGUUAGUCGAAUUGAAGGCGUUGGCAUCAACCAGCACCGCCACUGGUGGGCCCCACUCUCCCCACAACGUGAUGUCCGUACGGUGCACACACAGAGACCCGUCGUCCAAUGAGCUUGUGUGUUCCAAAGAGUGGGUCCUCCUCGUACCUCGAUCUCAGACCGUUCGAUCAGCAUCAUCCAAUCCUAACAUCGAACGAUUGAGGAACCUCCACGUGGCUGCCAGAGCCGUGGCGGAGUCUCGGAGAUUUGUAGAGCGGAGCAGCGACCUCUCGGGGGCGUAUCACCUCCUGUCGUCGGCGCGGUCCUUGCUCCUCCAGACGAGCUCGGCUUCGGCUGAGGAGUUCCUGCGCGGUUUGGAAGGCGAGAUGGCUGAGCUUCAGCGGCGCAGGCAGAGAGGAGGAGCCAAUAAUGGACACUUGGAGGAGAAGCAAGAGCCGCUUACUCCAACAUCGGCUUGGCGAGCCGCCGAAAGAUUGGCCAAGGUGGCUACUAUCAGAAAGUCCUUGAACAGAGUCAGCGACUUACACGGCUUCGAAAAUGCCAGAUUUUAGUUUUUUUUUCUUUUUUAAAAUAGAUUUUUUUUUUAAUUUUAUAUAUUUUGUAAUUGUAA